AUGACUUCGGCGCUUCGCACCGUGCUGGCAAGCCACGACCUCUGGACGACGAUCGCCAUCUUCCAGGAUGGCGUCUACGAAGACCUAGGCGUCUUGCGCGCCUUCCUCACGCCAGACCCAAUGCGAACGAUCGAGCGCCUCUGGUACUGCCGACAAGAGCUGUUCAGCGACAGCCUUCUGCACGAGUUGGCACGCCAAGGGCACUCUGCGGCGCUCCAGUGGCUUCAUGUUCAGCGUCCAUCGCCUCCAUUCCCGACACAGCUCGUCGAUGACGUCGCCCGACGUGGCCAACUUGCAGCCCUUGCCUUCCUUAUCGGCACCUGCGGCGCCAAUGCCUCGCCCGACGCCAUCAACUCGGCAGUGCAUGCAGGACGAAGUGAUGUGCUAACCUACUUGCUACAAACGUGCCAGCCAAGCAAUGCCAACGCCAUGAUGUUUGCGAUCGCGCAUCGUCAUCUCGACUGCAUACGACUGCUCUGGUCGCGCCACCCGCUUCCGCCCUCGGCGCUGCUCGAGCUUGAUAUCGACGAUGACAUCUUGGCAUGUCUCGUAGAAGCUUCGUCCAAGGCCAGCAGCACGUACUAG